AUGUUUGUUAUGGACUUCAACAGCAAGGAGUACUUGAGGAGACCACAGGUCCUUAAACCCUCAGCGUGCACGCCUCUCUUCCUCGCAGCCUUCGAACGCGGCGCCGGCUGCUGCAUCCACACACACUCGCAAUGGGCCGUCCUCGUAACCCUCCUCGUCGAGCGCGAUUUCGGAAAAGACGCGUGCUUUGAGAUCGAAGAGAUUGAACAGAUUAAGGGCAUACCGAAGGGAAGAGGGAAGCAGGGUAACCUAGGCUACUAUGACCGUCUGCGUAUACCCAUCAUCGAAAACACCGCGCACGAAGAGGAUUUGAGGGAGAGUUUGGAGGAGGCGAUGGAGAAAUACCCCGAUUCGUACGCGAUUCUUGUGAAGAGACAUGGCAUUUACGUGUGGGGUGAUAACGUACACAAGGCGAAGACGCAGUGCGAGAGUAUCGAUUAUAUCCUGCAGUUAGCGGUGGAGAUGAAGAAGCUGGGUCUUCCCUGGACAAAGUGA